UUGUCAAUUAAGAACAGAAGCUACGUUACUGUUGAACAGCUAGCUAGCUUUACUUGGUUGGCUAAAUGUUGUUAGCGAAGUAUCGACAAUUGGCAGUUAAGUAGUUUUUAAAUGCUUGAGACGUUAGCUAAACAAUACAAUAUACUUACAACAGUGAAUGCAUUUCAAACAAUGUACUUUGAUUUUACUUUUAACAGUUAAUUUAAUGCUUCAGUCACAACAUGCCACUCAGUUUUUAAAAAGUUGACUUACUGCUCAUAAUUUGAAGACGGGAGGAGUUUCUCUGGUCUUUUUUCGAGUUGACAACUUUUCACAACUUCACACAAACUUGACGGGCUCCCCCUAUGAAGGAGAAAGACGGGUGCGCUCGAUUUAUGGACCAGCGCAGCCUGCCGACUUCACGGAAGACGAACACUGACCAGCAAAUAGCAUUUAGGCAGUUUAAUUUCAAACGUUGACAUUAUAGUUUCACAAAAUAGUCUUAACUCAAGGCCCACUUACUAGAUUUUUUAUCAUCCUCAUCAAAGGACGGAGUUUACAUUAAGAAGAGUGACGAUGCCGUAGCCCAUCUCUUGCUUUGAACACGGACGUGGUGAAGGAGGAAGGCGGACUGGGCAUUUAAGUCUUGCCUCCGUGGCCACUGGCCACUCCCUGGUGGCGCCCUGUGGGUUGGAAAACAGCAAGGAGGCGGGAGGAGUCGGUCAGGGUGGAGGAGAAGAGACCUCAUCACAUUCAAACACUGGCUGUAACUGAGCUGGGAGGAGAAAAUGGCUCGCUUGUGGGAGGGCUUGUAUUAUUGGGAUGUGCGAGGGGGCUGUCAGUGAAGCAGCACAUGUGCCCAUGUAAACAGGACAGAGGGUGGAGUCCUUCCUCAGGCCAAGCCUGCAUCCACCCAACUCUGUCAGAAAUCAAAUACCCUGAUGUUGCUUCAGUAGUCACAGAUGUGACUAUUUUACCUAUGUAUUUCCAGCCCGCCUCUACACAAACGCACACCCAAUCAGGUCAAACCAUACACUGUAUAAAAUAACAAUGUAUUAUUUCAGUUUACAGCAUCUGGCUGCCAGUGCACCAUGCACUGACUUUAUUUAUCAGUAGAAGUAUUUAGAUCCUUUACUUAAGUAGCCAAAGUAGCAAUAUCACAAUUCAAGUGUCCCAGUAAGCCCUGACAGUGAUCCAGCAUGCACAAUACCAGGACCCUGAAACUGAAGUGAAAGGAAUUCAGCCCUAUAUCUUCAGCAAAGAUGUGUCGCAGCUGCGGCCCACGCUGAUAAAACGGUUGUAUUUCACAUGAGAUGCAAAGUCACUUCCUACAGGCUGCUCAAAACCCUAUCAUCUGUGAUGAUGCGCGCAACCACGAACCAUGUAGGCUAGCUGCCAUGGCUGAGAAGCAGUUACCAGAAACUCGAAGCCUAAUCGCGAAUUAAUCAGUGAAAGCAAGAGCAAGCUGGAUGCAGUUUGAGAGUUUGCAGAUAAGUUUCAGCCACCUCAGCCUGCGACAACAGGAAGCGUGAGAAAGAGCGCCGGCGACAGAACUGAAACCUGCGUCCAUGAAGCUUCAACCCCAUGUUCCCUGGCUGUCUGUGAAGUGAGGCGAUGGAGAGCCCGUCGUCCACAGUCAGGCGGCGAGCGUGGAUCAACAGCCGCAGGCAGUGGCUCACUCUGGAGGAGCUGGACCCAGAUGGACCGCCGUGCAACCUCCCCUCUGCCUCUAUAGCAGACGACGAUGUAUUUUCAGACGGAUGCUUCACAGGAAAGAUUGAGAACUGGCUCCAGGGUUGCGGGUUGCAGGCCCGCUCAGAAAAUGGCGCUCAGCUGAGUUUUGAGUCUGUGCUCAACUUUGACGACGAGCUGAGUCUUGGUGCUGAUGCUUCUGCGUUAAAUGGUGGACAAAUUACAUCUAAAGCCGGCCUCUCACGGCAUCUAUCCUUCAAACAAUGUCACAGCAGACCCAUCAGCAGUACCCCUCGUCAGGCUCUAUGCCUGCCGUCACUGAACUUGGGCAACAGCAUGGCCUCUAGCUGUCUCUCUUCCUCCACCUGUAAAACUACAUCAAGUAUAUCGGAGAUCCUGCAGCUGUGUUCGGAGGAUGCAGAGGAGACGCUGUACGAGCUGGGUUUCGGCUGCGAUGAGCCACAGGUCACUGUACGCAUCCCUCCUCGUUUCUUCACCUUCCCCUCUCAGGCUCAGGGCAUCAACUUCCGCCUCUUCCUGGAUUCGCAGCUACGGCGGAUACGAGAGGAAGACCCCAGCCUCUCUCUUGCUAGUCGUUUCAGACAAGUGCAAGUGCUCACAGCAAUGGCCAACGCUUUCUACUCCCUCUACUCUCACGUGUCCCGCACUCCUCUGCAGAAACUAGCCACACCAGAGUUCACUUUCUCCUCGCCUGUGGAGAGGAUUGAACGCUUCAGGAGCAGCGUCCGCAGCGAGCCACGUUCUCCGGUGGAGAGGCUGAAGGACACCGUCUCCAAGAUGUGUCUCUACACAGGCUCUCCUCGCGGGUCAGAGUCCACCUCUCCGCAGCCCUCACCCAGGAAAAGGUCCAGCCUCCCCGAUGUUGUGGAUAUAGUUUUGGACAAAGUCAAGACCGGGGCUAGCAAGAAACUGGAUUUGGGGGAAUGUAAUAGGAGUAAUUCAGCUGUCGAUGUUCGGCUGGUCACGGAUGAUGAUAGAUUCUGUAACAGCGGGAAAGAGGAGAAGACACAGGAGACCGUGGCUGACGCCGACACCCCUCAAGAUGGAAGUGAAAUCUGUCAUAACGAGAUGCAGGGCAGUAAACUAACAGAUAAUGCUGAUGCUGAUGAAAACAGUGAUGAGGCAGCAGACCUUGACAGCAGGACUCACAGUGUAAGAACAUCUAUAGCGUCAUCAUUAUCAGGAGAAACUGUGAUAGAAACAGAUUAUCGGUUUCUUUCACGUCAGCCAGACCUGGACUCGUGUUCAACUCAAAGUGACACAGAGACUGCUGAUCUGAAACCAGUUGCCAAGGUUACAUAUGAUCUAAUCUGCCCACAGAUAAUCGAGAGUGUACAUCAGGUGCCUUUCUGCUGUCAACACACAUGUAAUCCAAAAACAAGCACUUUACCACCUAUGUCCUCUGAGACUGAAAGCAUAGAUAGCUCCUGUCCUGUAUCACAUGAACCCCAUAUACAAACUGAUGUCUCUGAGCUUGACGAGGACUCACACACAGUUGAUGAUGCCUCUUCAGGGAAAGGCAGGCAGCUGGAUGCAUUCAGAUCACUUCCUGUCCUGGCCACCCAGUGCUGCAUCACUGUGAGUGGCUGGGAUGGUGACGAUGUCUCUUCCUCUUCCUUGAAUGCACCCGAUUCCAGUCAUACACCAACUUUCCCACCUGCCCAGUCAUGUAAGGAGUACCUGAAACCACUGGCACAUCAGGGCCCGGGGAAUGUCUCCAAUAACCUACAACAGGUUAACUCCUUUGAGCUUGAGGAGGUGCAUAGUGCAGGAGAGGAAGAUUUUGGACAUUUAGAAUCAUCGAGAACAACCUCUCCGCUGUCCAAAAAACGUCAAUAUAAAGGUGAAGUGAUACGGGGCGACAGCGUGCAGUCAGACAGCAGUGGCUACGCAGAUGAAGAAGUCAGCCCCUCAUCAAGCACACAUGGCAGAUGACAGAAAACCCAGAAAUUCAUGUCUUCUCGCUUGUGGGCUUUAUUUCUGCGCAGAAGAUUUGAGUUUCUACAACUAAGGAUUUGGAUAGUGCUUCCCAGCAAGGGCAUCCAUUCAAACAGGCCCAGAAGAUUAAGAUGUCAUUGUACCGUCAGAGACUUGGUCACAUGUGAAACUUUUAGAGGUCCUACACUGAAGAAGUUUUUCCACAGUGCUAAUAGUGAAAACUGAAUGAAUAUUGUAAAUAAGUAAACAUAAAACUGUUCUGAUGAA